GGACUUCUCUGAGUUUAUGCAAGCUUCCCCGGACAGAGGAAGCAGCAAAAUACUGAAGGAGCCUGUUUGCCUGGGGGGAUGUGAACAUAUCUUCUGUAGCGCUUGUGUAGUUGACUGCAUCGGUGCUGAAUGUCCCGUGUGCCACACGCCAACCUGGAUACAAGAUGUGCAGAUAAAUAGGCAAUUAGCGAAUACGAUCCAACUUUUCAGCAAGCUCCAGACUCUGCUGAACAACACUGAGCCUGCGGAAGAAAACACAUCUGGCCCCGGAAGCCCAGAGCAGGAAAAAGACACCAAGAAGAAAUCAAUAAAAAUGUGGUUUAGUCCUCGGAGCAAGAAAGUUAGAUAUGUUCUGAAUGAAAUUUUAGUGCCCAAGCAGCCUCAGCCAUCCCUUAGUGUCGGGAGAGUUAACAAAGACACGGCAGACUCAUAUGAAUUUAUCUGUUCACCUCCUCCGAAAACUUCUCCCAAGAAGGUGACAAAGAGAGCUCCCAGAUCCAAAAAGAAGCAAGAAAAGAAAAGCUUAGCAGAAAUCAAUGAAGCAUGGACCUUGGAGAUGAACAACCCCAAAGAAAACAAUGCGAGUAUGCAAGAGACUCAGGAAGAACUUAAGGAGAAGAUGGUAUCAUUUUGCAGUCAGCCGUCUGUCAUUGGCAGCCCAGAAUUAAGUCGUAAUGUAGAAACAUCAGGAGCUGGAACAGAGGCUGACGCUAUUGAAAGUGGAAGUGAGGUUGCUUUACCCUUGCUGGAUGUUGAAACGGAUCCCUCAGAGCAGUAUAGCAGAAAGGAGACCAUGUCUCCGGUUGAGAAGCCUGAUAAUAGUUGCACGUCCGAGGACCCCCUGCCUCAAAGAAAUGAAAUUACUCCAGGCAAACGAGAGAGGAAGCUGCACAGUUCUGUCACCACUCCCGUACCUAAACGACUUAAAAGAAACAAGCAAAACCCUGAUGGAGAUUCUUUCAGCCAAGAUGUGUGUGCAGAGGAUCUACCACCACGUGUACCUAAAACUGAAGCGCAUUCCUCUUCUCCUCCUCCUCCUCAACUUGCCACUGGUGACUUGUCACCCAAGUCCAGAAGCGAUAGUGUAUUAAGUGAAUUCAGCAGCUCUCCGCUUUCAAGAACUCCAUGUUCUCCUUCUCCGUCAUCAUUUACUUCUUGUCAUCCCAGCAUAGGAUCCAGCCCUUAUGGGAUAAAGAUGUCUCCCAAUAGCAUCAUAAACAGCAAGAGAAAUCAUAAAGGAGAAACUUUGCUGCAUAUUGCUUCAAUAAAGGGUGACAUCUCUUCCGUUGAAAAUCUAUUAGAAAAUGGAACUGACCCAAAUGUUAAAGACCACGCUGGGUGGACACCCUUGCAUGAGGCCUGUAAUCAUGGACACAAAAAGGUGGUGGAAUUGUUGCUGCAGCAUAACGCUUUGGUGAACACUACUGGAUACCAGAAUGACUCACCGCUUCAUGAUGCUGUCAAGAAUGGACAUGUGAGCAUUGUCAAACUCUUACUGACCCAUGGAGCCUCCCGGGAUGUUGUUAAUAUAUUCGGUCGGCGGCCUGUGGAUUAUGCAGAAACUGAAAAUAUGAAAUCCGUGUUACAGCUACCAAAGCAGAAUGAGUCAUCCUCAACUAGCAAGUCUUCUACCGUGAGCCCUAGCCAGCGUAGAAACUACCGUCUUGUUUUGAUGGGCAGCGGCCUCACUCCCAGUCAACAGGGAUUGCUAAACGACCUCGUGGUGAUUCUUAAGGCUAAAAGAUGCGUUGAGUUUAACAGUACAGUAACUCAUGUUAUCGUUCCUGGUGAUACAGUCCAACGAACCAUUAAAUGUAUGCUUGGUAUUCUCAGUGGAUGCUGGAUCCUGAAAUUUGAGUGGGUGAAAGCAUGCUUAGAAAGCAGAAUUUGUGAACAAGAAGAAUCAUUUGAAAUUACCGAUGGCCCACAGAGAAGUAGACUCAAUCGAGAACAACUGUUGCCAAAACUAUUUGACGGCUGCUACUUUUAUCUUCUGGGGACUUUUCACCACCCUCCGAAGGAAAAGCUCAUAGAGCUGGUCAGAGCAGCCGGAGGCCAGAUUCUCAACCGUCAGCCCAAGCCAGACAGCGACGUGACUCAGACCAUCAAUACUGUCGCCUACCAUGCGGAACCCAAUUCUGACCAGCAGUUCUGCACACAGUACAUCAUUUAUGAUGUAUCCUCUAAGUAUCACCCAGAUAAAAUUCGUCAGGGCAAGGUCUGGACGGCCACCUCCAGCUGGUUUCUAGAUUGCUUGCUGUCCUUCCAACUGCUUCCCGUUCCCGGAUGAAUUUCGCUGGAGGAACGGGGCCUCCGCAUCAGUCUUGGACACAGCCGUCAUGACAGAGCUGUAAGACAGAGCUGCUCGUCUUCAUUUGCGUUCUUACAGAUGGGUGGGAUUGUCUAUUUUUCCUCUCACGAGCUUUAUAGCUUUAAUCUCAAUGUCACAGCAAUUGCUGGCACUCAAUCCAGGUUUCCCAUUUGGAAAUAGGAACUAUAGGGGAGGGAUAUUUCUAACAAAAAAAUGCUAAUAGUUUGGCCCAUUUGUAAGAUUCUUCCUUAGUGAUGAAUGAAUAAAAGUGCUGUUACAUCAUUAAAAGCGUCUGCACCAUUGUUUAGGUAAAGGAGUGUUAUCAUUAUUAUUUUCAGCACUUAGCGUUUGCUGUAGUGAAAAUCUACACCAACACAGGCAAAGACCUUUCCUGCCAUUUAGAAAUCAGAGACUUCAGAAAAUGUAUUCUGUGUGUUAAUGAAAAUUGGAGGAGACUAAUUAGCGUGGAUUAAUCACCAGUGUUCAAUAUUUGCGUUUUUUUUUAAUUAUUUCCUCUUCCUUGAAGAGUACACCUUAGGCUCUUGCGUUUACUUUGAUUUUGAUUAAUUUGAAUGUGUUUCCUAAUACUUUCUGUUCUGUCUGUAUUAAAAUCAUGACUUUAAAUAGUGGUUUUUUUGGAGGCGUUGAAGCAAUGAAUUUUAUACUCGUGACAUUCUGAACAGUGUGUAAAUCAAUCUGAUAUUGAUCGAACGCUUACUGUAUGCAGAGCAUUAUACUAAGUGCUUAGGAAAGUACAGUACAGCAGAGUUGAUAAGACAUUACCCCUUCCCCACAAGGGUAAUUCAUAUUCAUUCAUGUCAAAUAACGUAUUACACUGUGAAAUUAAUUUUGGAAUAUCUCUAAAAGUUCUGCAUAUUGUAGCUGAAGUUUAACAAAUGAAUAUGUAUGUAGUUUGAGUUUGGUACGAGUCCAAAAGCAAGUAAAAUGCAUAGAGCCUGCUUUCUAUGUAAAAUAGAUGCUCUAUAUAAAGACAAGAAGAGGUGUAAUGCAGUGAAAAGAGCUUGGGCCUGGAGGUCAGGACACCUGGGUUCUAAUCCCAGCUUGG